UUUUUUUUAAACUGGAUGUGUGUGCGCGCGUGCGCGUGUUUGUUAAUGAUUGCCACCUGAGACCGGGGCAGGUAGUGAACCGGGCUUCCUGGGUCGUGAGGACGCACGAAGGUAGCGAGCUCGUCUCCUCGGUCCUUUUUUUUUUUUUUUGUGGGGAAUAUUGUUGGACUACAAAACUUCAGAGAGCUGCGCGCGGCUCCUCGCGCACGGACCCCCGUGGAUGUACAUUUGGGAACUUUUUUUCUGACACGCAUUUCUAACUUUUUGAUACAUUUUGGGGGAAAUACCGACGGAACAAAACACGGCUGUUCCAGCGCGAGGUGAACACCAGCCACGUGACCGGAGGAGAGGAAAGGUGGUUCAUGUCCACGGGCCUCAAGACUUAACAGGGCAGUGAGCUGGUUGAUGUCAUUGAGAUCAACUCUGAACGCUGAGCAGACACGAUGGAGCGGUGGUGGGCGUGGCAGUUUGCCCUCGUCGCCCUGGCAACCAUUUGCACCGCCCCCUCCGACGGUAAAAACGAGGAGUUCCCCUCCAACACGCUGAUCAACAACGUGGUGACCGACCCCCGCUCGGGCCGGCUGUACGUCGGCGCCGUCAACUACCUCUACCAGCUGAGCCCGGACCUGGAGGUGGAGGCCCGCAUCGAGACGGGUCCCAAGAGGGACAACCGGGCGUGCACGCCGCCCGUCACGGACGCCUGCGAGGAAGCCGCCGACACCGACAACCACAACAAGCUGCUGCUGCUGGUGCCGGUGCCGGACGCCCAGGACGUGCUGGUGGUCUGCGGUAGCGUCUUCCGGGGCAUCUGCUCGCUGAGGAACCUGAGCAGCGUGGACAAGCUGAUGUACUUCAGCGACACCAAAGGGGAGAAGUCGUACGUGGCGAGCGCCGAGGAGAGCGUCUCCGUGGUGGGCGUGACCUCCUACUUCACCAAGGACAAAGACAACUUCACUGUCUUCCUGGUCGGCAAAGGCUACGGCAGCCACGACAGCACCAAGCUCAUCUCCACCCGCAUCCUGGAGGACUACGGCGACUGGGUGGUGUUCGACAGCAUCAUCGAGGCCUCGGCGGUGCAAGCCAACCCCUUCGUCCUGCGCUACCUCCACAACUUCCGCUUCGCCUUCAAGGACGGCGGCUUCGUGUACUUCCUGUUCUCGCGGACGCUCGGGGUCCAGGACAACAAGAACUUCACCUUCGUGUCCCGGAUGUGCGAGGACGACCAGGGCUAUUACUCCUACACCGAGCUGCAGCUCAACUGCAGCGCCGUUAACAACAAGUACAACAAGGCUCAGGCUGCCUAUGUAGCGACACCAGGGGAGGUUUUGGCUCAGACGAUGACCGAAUCGGGCCAGCACGGACCAGUUUCAGCCUCGGACAAGGUGCUGUUUGUCACCUUCACUUCUGAUGAAGACCCAUCCACUUCAGCCAUGUGCAUGUACCCUCUUCGCUCUAUCAACAAGAGGCUGGUGGAGAUAAUCUCAGCGUGUUACAGCUACAACGGCAUCAUCAACGAGAGGCCGGCCGUCUACUCGCCUUACUCCUCUAAGUCUGAGGAGCUGUGCAGCAGCAUUAAGAAUAAUAACAUGGCCCUCAAUUUAAAGUGCGGAGCAGAGUACCUGCCCUCCCCAUUGGCCAGCAAGGCCGAGUUCGCCCUAACGUCUGAGCCCUCAUUGGUCCGUAACGCUCACAUGACCGCCGUGGCCGUGGCCGUGGAGAUGGGGCACGCCGUGGCGUUCGUGGGCACCGCGGCCGGAGAGGUGUUGAAGGUGCACCUGUCGGUCCACUCUGAGGUGUACGGCCGAGUGCAGGCCGACGUCACGGGGGACAAGGUCAACAAGAACCUGCUGUUCGAUUCCCAACUCCAACACCUGUACAUCACCACGGAGAAAAAGAUCACCAAGGUUCCGGUGCAGGCCUGCCACCUGAAGACGGACUGCCAGUCCUGCGUCUCCAUGAAGGAUCCGUACUGUGGCUGGUGUGUCCUGGAGGGGAAGUGUACCAGGAAGAUGGCGUGCAGCAGGUGGUGGGAGGAGAAGAUCUGGCUGUGGUCGCCCAAUCAGCAGUGUGUUCAGAUCCAGGCCUUCGACCCGCCCAACCUGAGCUGCAAGAAGACGCGGCAGGUCGACAUCCACAUCCCGGCGCUGCCGGCGCUGAGGAGCUCCGACCGGCUGGAGUGCGAGUUCGGCUCCUUCAAAAGCGAAGCCGUGAUGGUCAUCGCCGACAGUCAGGUGCGGGUCACCUGUUCGCUGCCGGACCCCGUGGAGAUCCCAGCGACCCCCGACCAGCAGGACUACGUGUCCGUCCCAGUCAUGGUUCUGGUGAACGACAGAAUCAAGGUGACGUCCGGAGAGUAUCACUUCUACAACUGUGCCGCUACGGUCAGGAAGAACCAGAACGCACCGUGCAUAGCGUGUGUGACCAGCGAGUGGGGCUGUCAGUGGAACGCUCUGGAUCACAGCUGCAGUGACAACAACGCUGCUGUUGGUGGAGAACACAUCGUUAAACCAGAACAGGCCGGCAGUUGCCCUCAGUUUGAGUCUCCGGAGCCGCUCUUGAUCCCCGUCGGCUUUCAAAUCCCCAUCAGCUUCCAGGGAAGAAACCUGGACAUCUACCCGAAACCGAGGUUUUCCAUCGGGACGGAGCUGAUGAAGGACACGGAGGUGACGGUGACACCGGAGCAGGGGUCAAAGUUCAAAUUCCCGGGCUAUGAGUUUGCCUAUGACAAGCAGCAGGAGGUGAACGUAUCCUUCCAUAUCAAAGACAGAGAAACUGAGAGGAAGAUUGACAGCACCCUGACAGUCGUGCUGUAUAACUGCUCCGUGGGCCGAGGUGACUGCAGCCUGUGUGGAGACGCUGACUCCCGGUACGAGUGUGUUUGGUGCUCCGCCUCCCGGCGCUGCGUUUACCGGCAGCUCUGCCCGGCGGCUCAUCCGGCUCAGUGCCCCGACCCGGAGAUCACAGACAUCGUCCCUCGCUUCGGCCCUCUCAACGGGCGGAUCUCCGUCACCAUCAAAGGCUCCAACAUGGGAAUCAAGAAGGACGACGUCAAGCGGAUCACGGUGGCCGGCGUGGACUGCGUCCACCAGGCGGACCGAUACUCUGUCUCCACCAGCGUCGUGUGUGAGAUCGGACCGGCGAGGCGACUUCCGCCGGUUGACUUCCCGUUCGAGCGGUUCAACAGCGGACCGGUGGAGGUGGAAGUGGAGGGAGGAAGGAAAGGGAAGUCACAGGUGGUCUUCACCUAUCGGGACCCCAAACCGCUGUUUGUCCACCCGGCGAAGGGCCCCGCCUCCGGAGGAACCGUGAUCACCAUCGACGGAGAAGACCUGGACACCGCGAGCGAGGGCGACGUGUCCGUGAGCGUCGGGGGAGUUCCCUGUGAAGUCGUGGCGUUCGGCGAGGAGAUCGCCUGUAGGACCGGGAGGUACCGCGGCCAGAAGGUGCCCUCCGACCUGUUGGCCGUGACGGUGAAAUACGGUAGAAACACCACCAAGGACGUCGCGGCCGCGUACCAGUACUCGGAAAACCCCAAGGUCACGGAUUAUUACCCCAAGGGCAGCUUCUUGAGCGGCGGCCGCAGGAUCGUAGUCAUGGGAAGCGGGUUCGAUCUGAUCCAGAGAGCCUGUAUGAAAGUCCUGCCGCUCCCCAACGAGUUUUCCCAGAACCCCUCACCUGUAGAGUUCGUGCAGGAGGCUCUGAGUAAGAACGACACCGUCCUGCAGUUCUUCUCCCCGCCGGUGAACCUCUCCGUGGACACCCAGUCGCUCCGCACCGUCCUGCAGCUGGACAACGAGAUGGAGGACCUGAAGGGCUUCGACUACCACCCGGACCCCACCUUCAACAAGCUGGACAACAACGUCAUCACGGAGACCAGCGUCAUCAUCGUGACGGGUCGAGGUUUCGCCAAAGCCAUGACGGCCAAAGAGGCCCAGGCGUUUGUCGGAGACGCCUCCUGUCAUGUGAACAUCCUGCAGGAUGAUAAGCUGAUCCUGGAGGCUCCUUCAUCGCAGCCCAGAUCCAAAUCCAAACGCCAACGCAGAGACACGGCCAACGACAUGCUGGAGCUCGUGGUGAAGUUCGGCCUCGGCGAGUGGACGGUGGAUUCCGUGUACUACGCCAGAAAAGACGACAUCCCUCUGGCUAUAAUCAUCCCCGCGGUCAUCAUACCGAUGCUGCUCUUCAUCGCCGUGUCCGUGUACUGCUACAGGAGGAAGAGUCAGCAGGCCGAACGAGAAUACGAGAAGGUGAAACACCAGCUGGAGAAUCUGGAGGAAAGCGUCCGAGAUCGCUGCAAGAAAGAGUUCACAGAUCUGAUGAUUGAAAUGGAGGACCACACCAGUGAACUGAGCGAGGCCCGGAUCCCCUUCCUGGACUACAAGACUUACACCGACCGAAACUUCUUCCUGCCCUCCAAAGACGGCGCCAACGACGCCAUGAUCACGGGCAAAAUACAAAUCCCCGAAGCCCGCAAGGCCAUCGUGGCUCAGGCGCUGAACCAGUUCUCCAACCUGCUGAACAGCAAAACCUUUCUCCUCAACUUCAUCCGCACGUUAGAGAGCCGCCCGGACUUCAACGCCCGCUCCCGCGGCUACUUCGCCUCGCUGCUGACGGUGGCGCUGCACGGGAAGCUGGAGUACUACACGGACAUCAUGAGGACGCUGCUGCUGGAGCUGAUGGACGAACACGUGCAGAACAAGAACCCCAAACUCAUGCUGCGCAGGUCGGAGACGGUGGUGGAGAGGAUGCUCUGUAACUGGAUGUCCAUCUGCAUCUAUCAGUUCCUCAGGGACACGGCAGGAGAGCCUUUAUACAAACUGUUCAAGGCCUUGAAGCACCAGGUUGAGAAAGGGCCGGUGGACGCCAUGAUGAAGAAAGCCAAAUACACACUGAACGACACGGGGCUGCUGGGGGACGACGUGGAGUACUGUGUACUGACCCUGCAGGUGUUGGUGCACGGGGAGGGUCCGGAUGUGACUCCGGUGAAGGUGUUGAACUGUGACACCAUCACCCAGGUGAAAGAGAAGAUCAUCGACCAGGUGUACAGGAAUCUGCCGUACUCCCAGAGACCAAAGGUGGAGAGUGUUGCUUUGGAGUGGCGUCCCGGCUCCACGGGUCAGAUCCUGUCCGACCUCGACCUCACGUCCCAGAAAGAGGGUCGCUGGAAGAGACUCAACACGCUGGCUCACUACAACGUUCGAGAUAACGCCACGCUGGUUCUGUCCAGAGUUCUGCACACGCAGGCUUUCCACCAGCACCAAGACAGCUACGAAGAGAAAAACGCCCUGCUGGAGGAGGACAACACAUUCCAUCUGGUGCGUCCGUUGGAUGAGAUGGAGGAAGGGAAGUCGAAGAGAGGAAGCAUGAAGGACAAAGCCAUGACCAAAGCCAUCACGGAGAUCUACCUGACGCGGCUGCUGUCCGUCAAGGGCACUUUGCAGCAGUUCGUGGACGAUUUCUUCCGCAGCGUGUUGUGUUCGAGCUCCGUCGUUCCUCCGGCCGUCAAAUACUUCUUUGACUUCUUGGACGAGCAGGCGCUGAGACACGACAACGUGGACGAGGAGACGCUGCACAUCUGGAAGACCAACAGCCUGCCUCUGCGGUUCUGGGUGAACAUCCUGAGGAACCCCCACUUCAUCUUCGACGUGCACGUGACGGAGGUGGUGGACGCGUCGCUGCACGUGAUCUCUCAGACCUUCAUGGACGCCUGCACCAAGACGGAGCACAAGCUCAGCCGGGAGUCGCCUAGCAACAAGCUGCUUUAUGCAAAAGAGAUCUCCACCUACAAGAAGAUGGUGGACGAUUACUAUAAGGGCAUCAGGCAGAUGGUUCCCGUCAGUGACCAGGACAUGAACACUCACCUCGCUGAGGUCUCCAGGCAACACACCGACAAGCUGAACACCCAGUUGGCCUUACACCAGUUGUACCAGUACGCCAGCAAGUACUACGACGUGAUCAUCCAGUCGCUGGACGAGGACCCGGCAGCCCAGAAUAAACAGCUCACCCUCCGCCUCCAACAGAUCGCCGCCGCCCUGGAGAACAAGGUCACCGACCUUUGACCUCUGAUCUCACGGAGGGGUCAGGGGGCGGAGCUAGUGGCUACUAAAACACAGAAUGUGGUUUUCCAUUUUAAGGACUCAAAGGAAGACGAGCUCGCGGACUCUACCGAAUGUUUUACCAUGUAAGGACUGAAGUGGGCGGGGCUAGUGGAGCUGCAGGAACAUGUUGACCAUAUAAGGACUGAAGGAGGGAGGAGUUACGGGACUCCAGGAGAAUUAAAGAAUGGUGAUUUUUGGACAGAUGAAGUGUUAAAAUAUGCCCAGUGGUGAAAACUGAACUGAUUUCCGCUCCAGUUGUUUGGCCGUACUUUCACUUGGCGUCCCAAAACAAAUACCAAGGAGGGAUGCCGAAUGGCGACCGUGACGUGGCUGCAGACGGGGAGCGUUGUGAAAUCGAAGGGUUAUUUUUGUGAAUGGUAACUGAAGGUGUUGGAUGCGUGUGAUCCUCGGAUCUGGACGACUCCGUGUCUGUAGAACACAAAUUAAAAUUUGAACCUAAGUGAAGUAAUGAGAUAUUACCAAAUACUUUUAUUUUUUUGCUCCUCAGCCCUUUUUUUUUUGGACGCUUUGAUUGGCGGUACAGCUGCUCCCGGACUACGUGUGACCACUUUUUACUCAACGCCUCUGAACUGUGGACGUGAGCUGACCUGAGUUCAGUUUUUCUCGUCUGCGCAUUAAAACGGCCACGAGGAGAAUCUGAUCUCUUGUCAGCAAAAAAAAAAAAAA